GGCAAACUUUAAGCGCGAGCGGAAAGGCGCGUGAGGUAGAAAGCGUGGCGCGCGCCACAAGCAAAACACGCCUCUCUCCCUCCUUCGCGCUCUCUCUCUCGCGCGGCGGGGAUGCCGCUGGCACGCUUGUGCUGCUGCUGCUGCUGCUGCUGCUGUUGCCGCCGCCGCCGCCGGUUUCUCCUCGUCUCCUUUGGCGUCUCUCCAAGCGCAACUUCCCGCCAACUUCUUCUGCCACGGCGCUCCUAGCCCCUGCCCUCCAACAAGCAGAGGUGGCGGGGCCAAACGGACUUUGCCUCCCUUUUUUUUUCUUCCAGACUUGGGACCCCCGCCGGGUUGGGAGGCAGUUAUCCACAGCCCGCCUCCACUUCGGGAAAGAAACCGCCUCUCUUCCUCGGCUCUCUUCUGAGGCUCGGCUGAGCUGAUCGCCUCCGGCCGGGGCUGCAAGCCGGGCAGGGGAAAGAAGAGAAGGCGAAGGAGGAAGGGGAGGGGAGGGGAGAGCCGUACAUGCCCGGCAAUCCACCGCCACUCCUCAAACAAAGACUGACCCAGGGCAUUUUCCUCGUCCCCUAAGCUAGCCUUGCCUUCGCCGGAGACGCCACUCUGAUUCUCGUCCGAAAGAAAGGAAAAGAAAGAAAGAUGGAUGGAUGAAUGAAUACUGAAAAGUGACUCCCCUCCCUACCACCCACCCCACCCGGGAUAAAGCUUGGGAAUAGCUGCUUUGCAGGUGCUCGGCCCCUGCCUGUCUCUCUUGCUUCGCCGUGGAAGAUCUCCGUUGGCUGGGCUCUUCCCGGGGAGGGUCUUCCCUCCGACCACAAGACCGGAUCCAUGGCUCUCUCCUUCUGGAGGCGGGGGGAAUAAAGGCGCCGCUGCUGCCCCCGAGCAGAGAAACUAACCGGAGACGAUCUUUUGGGGUGGGGGACGGUCGAGCUCGGAAGGGGUAAAAGGGGGGGACGACGAAGAUUCAAGCCAGCCAGCCUUGCCGGUGGCGCCCAGACAACCCGAGUCCCCCCCCAAGCCCCUUCCGUAUGAAAGGAAUAACUUCCCCGAGGAUUUUUGUGGUUCUUUGCUCUUAGCUUGGAGAGAGAUUUUGUCUCUGAAAUCCCGCCGUGUCUUUCGGGCUUUUCUUUUCUUUUUGCCCCCCCCCUUUCCUUUUUUUAUUUUUAUUUUUAAAAAGGAACACAUUUAUUACAAGCAACACUUGUAAAUAAAGCGCCCAGUCCCCGGGCAAGACAAGUGAUCCUAAGGAGUGUAACUUAACCUGCUCUGAAAGCGAAAACAAAAAUCCCACCGGCUCAGCUUGCCUCGAGCAGCCUGGAUCGCCAGCCCAGAUGGAAAUACACUGUAAGCACGACCCGUUUGCAGCGAUGCAUAGACAUGGAGGAGUGAAUCAAUUAGGGGGUGUUUUUGUGAAUGGUCGGCCGCUGCCUGAUGUUGUUCGCCAAAGGAUUGUGGAACUUGCCCAUCAAGGUGUUCGACCUUGCGACAUCUCCAGGCAAUUACGAGUCAGCCAUGGCUGUGUCAGCAAGAUUCUUGGCAGGUAUUAUGAGACUGGAAGCAUUAAGCCUGGAGUUAUUGGAGGAUCAAAGCCAAAGGUUGCCACGCCCAAAGUAGUAGAAAAAAUUGCAGAAUAUAAACGCCAAAACCCCACCAUGUUUGCUUGGGAGAUCAGGGACAGACUUUUAGCAGAAAGAGUGUGUGAUAAUGACACAGUGCCCAGCGUUAGUUCAAUUAACAGGAUUAUUCGGACAAAAGUGCAGCAACCACCUAACCAGCAAGUCCCAGCCUCAAGUCAUAGCAUAGCCUCCACAGGCUCUGUGACGCAGGUGUCUUCAGUAAGCACAGACUCAGCAGGCUCCUCCUACUCUAUUAGUGGAAUUCUGGGAAUUACGUCUCCCAGCGCUGAAAGCAACAAACGCAAAAGAGACGAAGGUAUUCAGGAAUCUCCUAUACCAAAUGGCCAUUCACUUCCGGGUCGAGACUUCCUUCGGAAACAAAUGCGGGGAGAUCUCUUCACUCAGCAACAAUUAGAAGUAUUGGAUCGAGUUUUUGAAAGACAGCAUUAUUCUGACAUCUUUACGACAACUGAGCCCAUCAAACCAGAGCAGUGGUGCUCCAUGCUGAUGAGACAAUACUUGGUGCAACCCCAGGCAAUCAUUUUUCAGUCAACAGAAUAUUCAGCCAUGACAUCACUAGCUGGUGGAUUAGACGAUAUGAAGGCCAAUUUAACAAGCCCUACAUCAACAGAUAUAGGUGCCAGUGUCCCAGGACCACAAUCAGAUCCUAUUGUGACAGGUCGUGAUUUGGCAAGCACAACCCUCCCCGGAUACCCUCCACACGUCCCCCCUGCUGGACAGGGCAGCUACUCUGCUCCAACGCUGACAGGGAUGGUGCCUGGGAGUGAGUUUUCUGGAAGUCCGUACAGUCACCCACAAUAUUCAACAUACAACGAUUCCUGGAGAUUUCCUAACCCUGGAUUGUUAGGUUCUCCUUACUAUUACAGUGCUGCAGCCCGUGGAGCCGCGCCCCCAGCAGCUGCUGCUGCUUAUGAUCGUCACUGACAAAACAAACCAAGAAGCACAUUCACCACAUCACGUCAGAUGACACCACUGGAAUCAUCUAGAGUACAACUACUGAAAUCAAGCUAUAUGGAACGAUAAGAGAAAUUGUCCAACCAACCCAUGCAAUGAUUAGAAUAUUAUCCUUUCAGCUAGGUGAACAGCUUAUUACUUCACUGUUUUUAAUUAAUGGAUUUUUUAGAGAUCUCAAUUGAAUUUCCCAUUAAAAAACAGGGCAAACAAA